AUGCUGAAAGUUGAUAUUAGGAAAGCAUUUGAUACGAUAUGCUGGGAUUUCUUGCUGAAACUUUUGGAGGCACAAGACUUUCCACCUGUUUUCCGGGAAUGGGUUAAGGAGUGUAUAACAUCACCAAGAUUUUCCAUGUCCAUAAAUGGAGAGCUAGCCGGCUUCUUCAAAGGAAAGAAGGGGCUGAGGCAAGGAGAUUGCAUAUCUCCAUAUAUGUUUAUUAUGGUAAUGGAAGCUUUAUCAAAAAUUCUUGAGAAAGCUGCUGUGGAGGGCAAGAUAAAGCUUCAUCCUAAGUGUGAAGAUCCCAGAGUUACGCACCUGCUCUUCGCUGAUGACCUUCUGGUCUUCUUGGAUGGGUCUCACUCCUCUUUGGCUGGAAUCUCUAAUGUUAUGGUGGAAUUUAAGAAUAUGUCAGGACUGGAGAUGAACCCGUCGAAAUCAGAGAUCUUCUUCGGGGGUUACAAUGAUACUGAGGCUGCUACGCUAAGUGAUACAUCAGGCUUCAAGCUGGGAAAGCUGCAUUCUUGGACUGUGAAAUACUUAUCUUUUGCUGGGAUAAUCAGACUUGUUGCUUCAAACGAUACGACAUCAGCCAGAGGAGCUCAGGUGGCUUGGACAGACAUAUGUAUGCCAAAAGAAGAGGGAGGGCUUGGCUUAAGGCAUUUGGAAGAUUUUGAGACAGUCUUUCGGCUUAAAAGAGUCUGGUCUUACUUCUCCGCACCAGCUUCAAUUUGUGUCUCUUGGAUGAGAAAACUUAUCUUCCAUCGAAAUGGCUACUGGCAGACACCUGACUCCCCUCGGUUCUCUCCCACGAUUCGGAGAAUGCUGCAGUUAAAACCUAUUGUCUCAGAGCUUAUGAGAUGUGUUGUUGGUAAUGGCGAAUCUGCUAGCUUCUGGUAUGAUCAUUGGACUGAACUAGGACCUCUAUUUGAAGUUGCAGGUCAAAGCGGGCCUCGCAGCUUAAGAGUUAGGGGAAAUGCUUCAGUGGUGGAUGCAACAGUAGAUGGGUCCUGGAGGUUUCCUGCAGCCAGGUCCAACGAAAUUCAGAGUAUUCAGAUGGAAAUUACUUCACUUGAUCUGCCUAUGCCUUCGAAUGGUCCUGACUGUUACCUAUGGCGAAAAGCAGGAGGUACAUUUGGGACUUCUUUCUCUUCGAAGACUACCUGGGAGUACUUAAGGGUUUCAGCUCCAGUGGUGUUUUGGAGUAAAAUUAUAUGGUUCAAGGAAAACAUUCCUAGGAACACUUUCAUGGCUUGGUUGGCUCUCCUACGACGGUUGCCUACUAAGGACAGACUUCGAUGA